UUCUCCCGGGGACGAGCUUGAGCAUUGAGCAAUGUUUGCUAGUUGGGGCUGGUGCUUAAAAAGCAAGCUGCUCAGCGAGUUUACUGCGCUUCACGGACCUAAAUUAGCGCCGUGCACACUCACUGUAGAGAUAUGUAGAACAAUACGCACUCCUAUUUAAAGUUUUGAUAGGCUAGAUGGGCUUGGUGAUAUGUCCUUGCAUUCGGCUCUAAUUGGAAGCACUGCACUCGGGAUUAUGUCAUCUGUGGUGUUUGGUAGAGCGACUAGAAUGAACAUGUGUCUCAAAGAAUAAUGAAGGCCGUCAGUCAAAGUAUAGAAAGCAGUUUAUAACAGCCAAACGUGAUGGAUAAUCGACGGAAGAAGAAGCUUACAUUCUUCACCAUUGGGCUCAUAUUUCUUCUUAGCGGUGUGGAAUAUGCUGUAAUAUUGCCCACAAUAUGGAUGUACUUGCAGACUUUGGAUGCAGCACCUUACUUUCUGGGCUUGGCCCUGUCUGCAUUCAGCUUGACUGGCCUCCUGUCCGGACCGCUGUUUGGCCACUGGUCCGACAGAACACGGACCACCAAGAAAAUCAUUUUGUUUGCCAACUUUUUUGAGUUAAUUGGUAAUUUCAUGUACUUUAUGGGCUACUCCAAAUGGCUAUUACUGUCAAGCAGACUGGUGGCAGGCAUCGGCACAGGUGCUGGCUCAUCUAUCUUUGGCUUCCUGACCAGAAGCACUGCCCCCGAGGACCGCGCCACCGCGUUUGCUAGUGUCAUGGCAUGUCGACAAGCUGGCCUUCUGAUUGGUCCAGCAUUUAACAUCUUCCUGAGGCUGUGUGAUUUCCACCUGGGUCCUCUCGUGGUCAAUAAAUAUACGGCGCCAGGGUUGUUCAUGUGCCUGCUGUGGACUCUCCUUCAACUGGCAGUGAUCUUCAUGUACUGGGACCUACCGCCUCUAGAGAAGGGGAAGGCCAAGCAGAAUUCAACAGGCCAGAGCAUGGAGGAGGAGGACGAGCGAGGGCUGGUGGAAGAGGAUAAUGACGAGGAAAGGCCGCUGAUGGGGUCCCAGGAGGUGGAGGGGUCCUACGGCUCAGUCGUGGUAUCCAAACCACCCAGAUUGGAUGCCUCUGCUGCCUCAAAUACCACGCUAAAUCAUAUCUCUCCACCUCCCUCGCCCGGGCUACCAGAGUCCCAUGAGUCUUCCAGUCCCUUUAAGAAUUUCAGCAUAUCCCGAGAGUUCCUGAGAGAAGAAGUGGUCGUGCUGCUGGCUGCUCAGUUCAUCACCCUCUUCAAUCAGACAGCGCUGGAGACCAUGGUGACCCCAAUGACCCAGAAGUACUUUGGCUACGGGGAGCUGGAGAACAGCGUGAUGUACUGUCUCUGCGGUGUGGAGGUGAUCGCUGGCUUUCUAUUUGUGCGCUGGCUGAGCCAGCGUGUUGCUGAGCGAGUGGUCCUGGCCAUCGGUCUGACCAUCUGCAACAUCUCUGGUGUCUGGUGCCUCAUCUUCCUGGCUAACCCACUAGGUGGUUUCCCAUGGCAGCUGACUGAGUUCAUCAUUGGGGUGUUUCUGCAGGUUUUGGGUUUGCCAUUUGUAGCUGUCGCUCAGGUUUCCCUCUUCUCCAAAGUUACUGCUGAGAAGACACAAGGUUUCAGUCAGGGAGUGCGUCGCUCAGUGGGUGGUCUAGCUACCAUCCUGGGCCCUCUGUGGGCUGGUGGCCUUACAGAGAACAUGUACAUCAUGAUGGGGGUGAUGAUGGCACUGCUGGCACUGCUAACGAUGAUGCUCGCUUUCUCAUACGAGCGGCUGGUUGCACCUGCUGCAGUGGAGCAAGUGGAUGAGUCGAUCAACUGUGGCUAAUCCAGCAGAUGGACUAUGCAAUGAAAGUGGAUGUGGAAGGGAGAUUCCCUGUCCUGCGUCUUACUGUCCCACCACACUUUCAAUUUCUGCAUUGGGACCAGCAUGCAGGGUGUUAACACACACACUGACAGCACACACCUCACCACCUCCUGAGGGCUUACCUAAAUCUUGGACUUGUCAGCUUUGUGUGCAGAGGCUGAUCAAAGCACUGUUAUGGUGUACAGUAUAUGUUCAUUUCCCAUGGAAAAAUGGAAUCCUGCUGACACCGCGAGUGCAAACUUUGGAUGAAAGCCGUUUCCGUCAUUUUGUGUUGUGCACCGAGUACCAAUUACACUUUGGUGCAUCACACAUUCUUCCAUUAAUGAACAUGCCAAAUGGUUGUGGAUUUAGCUGACCUAUGUCCUUGAGCUGUAGGGGAAUAAAUGAGCUGUUCAGCCUUGGUUCUUGACACCACAUCGUCUGGAAAAACAGGCAUUCGAAAUAUAAACCAGGCGUUAUUGUCCUCUAAAGUAAAAUGCUCAAAGUUUUAACCAACACUUUACUUUGCUGAUUCGUCAGAAGGAUUUUAACCUCGACAAAAAAUUAUGUCAAUCCACUUCUUUACUCUGAUUUAUUCGGUCUACGACUGAUAUAAUGAAGGUUUGCCCUCGAACACAGUGACAUUUGCAAAAACUUGUAUGUUUUUAUUUUCCUUGCAAGUUGUAUUUAUUCAUUUAAAUGUUGAAUUAUGUGCUUUGUUAAUUAAUACUUUCAGAGUGGCCUCUAUACGAUUGAGGCAGUGUGUUCAAUGGGGGUCACUGUCUAAAGGAACUGCUAACACUAACACAAAGGAAUUGAAUUAAUGCAGGUUUUAACUGUUUGUCAACCUGUGGUGAUGAAUAUGCUAUGUCAAAAGGCAUUUGAAACCUUACACUAAUAAAAUUCUCAGGGAAAGACUAAAUACAAUGGAUACCUGUCAAACCCUAAUUGAAGGAGGUUAUUAAAAUGCCUCAUCUUCCUGGCACAAAGGCUGGUGAGGGAUAAAUUAAGAUUCCUGCUUUAAAAAAUGUCAUAUUUCUAAUUGUUUGAUGCUGAUGUAGUACAUACAUUCAACACUAGUGGGCACUCUUAAUCUUUCUACCAAAGUAUAGCCCCGUUGGUACUGCUGAGCCAAAUGCUUGUAGUGUGAUAUCAGUCGGUCAGAUAACUCCAUAAGGGACACUAUUACAAAUACACAUUUAGGGAAAAAAUGCUUUAUUAGGAGCUCUGUUGUAAAAGAAAGUCUUGUAAUUGUUUUAGGUGGCAGGACAGAAAGCACACACCAAUCAGUCAAAGCACAGUUUUUUCCCCCAAAAGGCUUUGCACUAUGUGUUUUACCUCUUGAUAAAUUGUUCAGGUUUUAUAUUCACAAACACCAAAAAUACGUUAUGAACCAUGAGACUAUUUAUUUCUUAUUUAUUAGAUCAUUUGUGAGCUCCUAACAUGUAGGCAACACAUUAACUUUAUUGUAUUACUUGUCUAUACAGAAAAGAUGAACUUUCACCAUACUUCAUUGGCUUAUGUUUUGUUAUUCUCUCGACGAACUGUGAACAGUAAAAUACAUUUAAAAAAUAUAUAAUGUAAUUCACAAGAAAACAAUAUGUAGGAUUUUAAUAUAUUAAAAGGCUAUAUUUAUAUGU